AUGGUGACGAAAGCGGAUGACGUGGAUCACUUGUUUGAAGUGCGCAAUAAUUUCUUCCUUGGAGCGUACCAAAAUUGUAUUAAUGAAGCUCAAAAUUUACGAGUAAAAGAGGAAAGUGAUAAAAUAUUGAAGGAUGUCUACAUGUACAGAGCAUAUCUCGCACAAAAUAAGCCAAAUUUAGUGCUUAGUGAAAUUGAAAAGCGUUCAACCUCACCCGCUCUAAGAGCAGUUCGAUGUUUCGCAGACUAUUUAGCAAAUCCAGAUAAAAGAGCAACGAUAAUGAAAGAAUUUGAAACGGAGCUAAAUGAAGAAAUUCCUCAGGACGAUACUGUUUUAUUAUUGGCAGCUCACAUGUACAUCCAUGAGCAGAAUGUUGAGGAAGCAUUACGUUUGCUGCAUCAGUGCGAUUCUUUGGAAAGUAAAGCCUUGACCGUACAGUGUUUGCUAAAGAUUGAUCGAGUUGAUCUCGCUGCAAAAGAGAUCAAAAAAAUGCAAGAAAUAGAUGAAGAUGCUACUAUAACUCAAUUGGCACUUGCCUGGGUCAAUAGCGCGCUUGGAAAAGAUAAAUUGAAAGAUGUAUUUUAUGCUUAUCAAGAAAUGAUAGAUAAAUAUGGUGCUACCCCGCUUUUAUUAGUCGCUCAGUCAUCGAGCCUAAUUCAGCAAGAAAAAUACCAGGAAGCGGAAAAAUUACUUUUGGAAGCGCUGCAGAGGGAUGCCAACAAUGCAGAAGCAGUCAUAAACUUGGUUGUUGUCAGCCAGUACCUCGGAAAAGCGCCAGAAGUGACGAAUCGCUACAUCAAUCAGUUGAAGGAAGGUUUUCCAAAUCAUCAGUGGACUCUCGAUUAUAUUGCUCGUGAGAAAGUUUUUGAACAAGUUGUAGAAGUAGGAGUUUAA